AAACAGUCAAAAACAACCGGGCAAGUGAACUUCGUCGUGGAAAAAUCGACUUGGAACAAAUGGCCUGGGCUUGCCUUGCGAAACCCGUCCCGAAACCUGUGUCAUUUGAGGAACGCCGAUGGCCAAACAAUCCGGUUGGGUUUCGCGUGCGUCACUUUGUGGCUGGUUUCAGGCUUUCAGCACGAGAGCUGGUCCGUGCCCUGUCCCCGGACUUUCAGAACUUACAACGGCGCCGACAACCCACGGCAACCUCCGGCUCCGCAGCAGAUCCGGCCCCAGAGUUGGAGGCGGAGAGAGGCGACAUCGGGUUCCAGAGUCCAAACAAGCGGAAUCGGCCGUAAGAGACACCAAGUCACGGUCCCGAAACACCUCGUUCCCACCCGUCAUUCAUGCUUCUACAGGAUAAGGAGCCCUCCUCAACAGAUCCGAUAUUACUGCCAGAUUUUCAGGCACGCAGGUUCUCCUUUUAGUAGCCGCCCAUCAUACAUGAUUCUUCCAGGUCUCAUCAUGGAGUGUCCCUGCACCAAACUCUUCAUUGCUGUCUUUUG